CCUCGGUCGCGUUCAUAUCAUCUCAGUCCACUACUGCUGCUCUAUCCUUUCGCCUGCUCACGACCGCGACCAUCACGGCCGCCACGACCCUCAGUGACCACCUCACCCGCAUACCGGCCUCGCGAAGAUGCCGUUCCCCAUGUGGCUGCUCGACCCGCACCUGUUCUCGCAGGUGUCGCCAGCACCGCCUGAACCCGAUUCCAAGUCGUCCCAGACGUCCAGCGCGUCGUCCUCGGCGCCGUCCAAGAUCGCGUUCCUGCCUCCGCUCAACGACAAGCAGGGCGCACAACUCAGCGCGAUUAUCCAACACUUCAGCGCGCCAAACUACACCCUCCCCAUCGCGGAGGGAAAGACCAGCCGCGCGCCACUCAGCAUUCGCGAAAUGAUGUUUCUCAGCAGAGACCAAAUCCUCAAAUUUCUCAAGGUGACGGGGACCACGAGGGAGGCCAUCGCGCGUCUUGAGCGCACCCUUCUGUGGCGCCGCACCACGGGCAUCGACGACAUGGACACGCACAUGGCCGCCGUCGAGGAGGAGUGCCGCACCGGCAAGGCCAUGGUGCAGGGCUUCGGGCCGUCCGGCAUGCCUGUCCUCUACUUCUUCCCGAGCCGCAACCACAUCCCCAUCGAGCAGCGCAAGGCGAUCCACCUGAUCUGGAUGCUCGAGCGCUCAGUCGACCUCAUGGCGGGAGGCGUGACCAAAAUCGUCGCCAUCUUCGUUUUUGGAGAGAAGCGGCAGGGUGCACCGACAUCGCUCGCCAUCGGCAGAGAAACAAUUCAUUAUCUCAUGCAGCACUACCCGGAGAUCUGGGGCACAGUGGUUCUGUACCGCAUGUCGUGGGCCGUACGAGGCUUCUUCGGCGUCAUGUGGCCCUUCAUCGACCCAAUCGUCAAGGCCAAAAUGCGCAUCAUCUCGGGAUCAAGCCGGAUCAGUGAGAAAGAUGUGCAGCGGCACGCGCUGGUGCGCGAGUGUGGCGGGGAUCUCGAGUGGUCGCACGAGCACAACUCGUAUUGGCCAGCACUCAUCAACGUCUGCAAGAAGCGACGGGCAGAGUACGAGCGACGGUUCGUGGCGCUCGGACCCGCCAUCGGCAUCGAGGAGCGCAAGUACAAGUUCGCAAACCUGGAGGACAGCUGGCAAUAUGAUCUGCCGGACAAGAACGGGUCGUUUGUGCGCACGGCGGCGGACAUCUACAACAUCCCGGCCGCCCACAAGACCAAGACAUCGAUGGACAGUGCGGCCCCGAGCGUUUCGGUCGAGCCGGGGAGGGCUAGAUGAGCAGAGCAGAACGAGCAAAGUGGGACGGUCUAGGUGCUUUAAUUUUAUUGACGAUGUGGCUUCUAUAAAUGUGUAUGUACACGAAUUUCUGAG